CAUUCGUGCUUUUGUGUUGUUUGUAUGUGCGUACGCCAUUUUAUAGUUACAAAUUCGACUUACGUACUCUGAUUUUAGACGUGACGACGUGAGUGUUUUCCUACACGGAAAAGAGGACAUGGAUAUAACAGCUUAUCUUAGAACUCCCCUUCAAUUGGAUAAGAUUUGUAGAACUUGUCUUUCUGUAAAGGGAGAUAUGCGACCAUUGUUUGGGGCUUGUUUGGAUGAAAUGCUUUCUUCUUUUGCUUCGAUAGAGGUAAAGCAAGAAGAUGAUUUACCCCAUCUUAUUUGUGUUCAAUGUGUAUUACAGUGUAGUAGAGCUUACACUUUCAAGCAGUUGUGUGAGAAAUCUGACACUUUAUUGCGUCAGUACAUGUCGCCAGAAUUUCAGGCACAGUUAGCUGAAAAUUUAACUCUGGAAGUUUCCAAGGAUGAUAUCAAACCAUCUGAACCAAUACAAGAAGUACAACAUGAUCAAGACUUACAAAGUUCACAAGAAAUAGAGCAAACACAACAAAUAAAUUUUUCUGCUGAUGAUAUUUCCAAUGUUAUUAUUGAUGAUGGUAUUUCCACAAAUUUUGUAGCCUAUAAUGAAGAAGAUGGAAUUAUUCAGGUCAUUGCUACUGACACUGGAGAUAUACAACAAGGGCAGGUGCAAGUAGAAUUCAAAAAAGAAGAUUUAAAUAUUGAGUCCAAACCAAAAUUGAAGUAUCCUUGUACAAAAUGUUCUGAAUCUUUCCCAUUAAAGAUAGAUCUCAAAAUCCAUUUGAUGACUCAACAUUACUUGGUAUAUAUUUGUGACGUAUGCAAAAAGCCUUUUGCUGAAGCAAGAAUUCUUAAACGUCAUAUGAAAAUUCAUCUUGAUAAAAAACCACAUGAAUGCGAUGAAUGUGGGAUGUCAUUUGCAGAGAGUUCAAAUCUCAACAAGCAUAAAAAGAAACACACUGGGGAACUGAGAAACAUUGUGGGAAAGCCUCAUUUAUGUUCUGUGUGUGGAAGAGCUUUCAAAUGGGCAUCUAGCUUGUCCAAACAUAUGAAAUAUCAUACAGGGCACAAACUUUUAUCAUGUGAAUAUUGUGGAAGGCAAUAUGUUGAGGCAAGAAGUUUGCGUAUACACAUAAGGUCACAUACAGGAGAAAGACCAUAUGUGUGUGAUGUUUGUGAAAAGAGUUUCACUCAACAAUGCAAUUUAGAGAAACAUCUCAGAGUACACACAGGAGAAAAACCAUAUACUUGUCCAGUAUGUAAUAAAGGAUUCACUCAAUCUGGGUACGUGAGUAUUCAUAUGCGUACUCACACUGGAGAAAGACCAUACGUAUGCCAAACUUGUGGAAAAGCUUUCGCUGGUUCCAAUACAUUAACAAUUCAUCAGAGAAUUCAUACUGGCGAAAAACCAUAUAAGUGUCAAUAUUGUGAGAAAGCGUUCAACAGGCAAGAAACACUGGUUAUUCACAUAAGAUCUCAUACAGGAGACAAACCACAUGUUUGCGAAGUAUGCCAUAGAGGAUUCACAUCUUCAGGACAUCUUUCAGGGCAUAUGAGGACACACUCUGGGGAAAAACCUCAUGCCUGUGAAAUAUGCGGUAAAAAGUUCGCCGCAUCUAGUAGUUUGAAGGUACACAUGAAGAGUCAUACUACAGAUCCGAAAACCUAUCACUGCAAACUGUGUAAUAAAGAUGUCAUAGGUAUACAAGGUCUCCAACAUCACUUAUCAAAGCACAACCCAGAAUGUGAGUGGAUGAAAGAGGAAUAUGAUAAAAUUCAAACUGUUCAAGUUGCUGAAAUAAUAACUACAGAUCAAGCUGUACACACCCUCCAAAUUGCUACAGUUUCUACAGGAUAAUCUAUCAAACUCUAAAUAAAAACUAUUGCAUUUUUUGGCAUCUUCUAUAUGUUAGAGCUAUUCAAAUGAUAGAUGUUCACGAUCAAAAAACCUAAAUGUAUUAAUAACUUCUAAUACUUUUACUGAAUAUCAUUAUAUUUAUUGAUCGAAUUAUUCAAUCCAUAAUGGUUAUAUGUGUGCCUGUACAUAUGAAUGGAAAUAAUUUUAUGUAAAGCUCAGAGCAAUAAAAUAUAAAGGUAUAAAUUU